UUAUUGUUUUUUUUUGCCACGAUGGACUCAUCUGACAUGGACGCCAUUGGCACACGCCCCGUCCUGGCACCCACGCAUAAAAAGCCCACGUUGGCACACACACUGAAGGCGGCCGAGCGCAACUAUGGGCGUCUUUAUUUCGCGACUUUUUGCCACGUUCACUGCCAAAACUCCUGCCAGGAUUCUGAUGGUGGGUCUGGACGCUGCCGGUAAAACAACUUUGCUGUACCGGAUGAAGCUGGCUGAGGUGGUCACCACCAUCCCCACCGUGGGAUUUAACGUGGAAACGGUUGAAUAUAAAAACAUCUCCUUCACUGUUUGGGACGUCGGCGGGCAAACUGUCAUCAGAUCGCUGUGGAGACACUAUUACACGAACACCAACGGCAUCAUCUUCGUGGUGGACAGCAACGACCCUCACAGGCUCAAGGAGGCCGCGGAAGAGCUGCACGGGAUGCUGGAAGACGAGCAGCUGAGGACGGCGGCGUUGCUGGUGUUUGCCAACAAGCAGGACCUCCCUCGGGCCGCCACGGUCGGCGAGGUCGCCGAGGGGCUGCGCCUGGCGGGGGUCGCGCAGCCGUAUUAUGUUCAGGCGUCCUGCGCGGUGAGCGGGUCGGGUCUGAUCGAGGGUCUGGAUUGGCUCUCCAAGCAGAUCCAGAAGCAGUUUUAGCCGACACGUUGUGGACUUCUUCCUGCCUGGUCCUCACCUCGGCAAAUGGUUUCUCGUUCAAGGAUCAAUCAAAUCUAGCUGUUUUAUUACGUUUGUGACAAAUGUUUGUUGGACAUUAUACUAUUGUACAUAUUUGUUCACAAUAAAGUGGCUACGGGUGGACUGA